AUGGACGAAGAGGAUUACGACAAAAAAAUGAAAAACAUCGUUAAUGAUAUGAUGACAUAUAAAAGAACAUUGAAGGAUCCAACGGCAACACUACUAAAAAAAUCCAACGAUAUCAUAGACAAAAUGGCGACACAGAACAUCAUCAACAAUAGCGAAAAGUACAAAUUGAAAUCAACAACUGCAAGAGCCCCCCGCAUUUAUGGACUACCGAAAGUCCACAAACAGGAUACACCACUAAGACCUAUCUGCUCAAAUAUAGACGCACCUGCCAAUAAGUUAUGCAAAUUCCUGGCAAACACGCUAAAAAAACUUACAGAAAAAUCUGUAUACAACGUUAAAGACUCCAUAGUUUUCAGAAAUAAAAUAUCAGACACACCAAUAUACGACGACGAGAUAAUGAUAUCCUUCGAUGUAGUCUCUCUGUUUCCAAGCGUACCUGUGGACUACGCUCUCAGGAUCAUCGAACAUAAAUGGGACGAUAUAGAAGAAUCUACCAAAUGGAAGAAGGAAUUUUUCAUAAACAGCCUGAAAUUUUGCAUAAAGGACACCCGUUACUUCAAAUAUAAGGAUCGAGUCUACACGCAACAAAAAGGACUACCUAUGGGAUCGCCACUUUCACCAAUAAUUGCAGACAUAAUGAUGGAGGACCUACUGGACGAAUGUAUGAAAAAAUUGACAACCAAACCUAGGCUAAUAACCAAAUAUGUUGACGAUAUAUUUGCCAUCAUCAAAAAGGACCAGGUGGACGUAACACUAGAAGCAUUGAACAGCUAUCACAAAAAUAUUAAAUUCACGAAGGAAGAAGAACAUGAGAACCGAUUACCGUACUUAGAUGCUCAACUCACAAGGACUAACAAC